AUGGAAGAAAUUGGUCUCCCCUCCGUGGUGGAGGACGAGGAGCCACUGGUGCCUGUUGCCAUCGAGACAAAGACAGAUCUGUAUGUUAAGUUCAAGUCUUUGGAGCGUCAUCUGGAGUUUCUAGACAUCCAAGAGGGCUAUAUCAAGGACGAGAUGAAGAAUCUCAAGCGCGAACUUAUUCGUGCUAAGGAAGAAGUAAAGCGUAUCCAGUCAGUGCCAUUAGUAAUUGGCCAAUUUCUCGAAAUGGUGGAUGCCAAUUAUGGUAUUGUGGGCUCCACAGCUGGUUCCAACUACUACGUGCGCAUUCUAAGCACGCUGGACCGUGAGCGGCUCAAACCAAACUCGUCUGUAGCCCUCCACCGCCAUUCACAUGCUGUCGUGGAUGUGCUUCCUCCCGAGUCGGACUCUAGCAUUCAGAUGAUGCAAAUGUCUGAGCGUCCCGAUGUAUCGUACUCGGAUAUUGGCGGUAUGGACAUACAAAAGCAGGAAGUGCGCGAAGCUGUGGAGCUGCCUCUGACCCACUUUGACCUGUACAAACAAAUUGGUGUGGAUCCACCACGUGGUGUGCUUAUGUAUGGACCUCCUGGAACGGGAAAAACGAUGCUGGCCAAGGCUGUGGCUAAUGCCACUACAGCCGCUUUCAUUAGCGUCGUAGGAUCUGAGUUUGUACAGAAAUAUUUGGGAGAAGGACCGCGCAUGGUGCGAGAUGUUUUUCGUCUCGCCAAAGAAAAUUCGCCCGCUAUUGUUUUCAUCGAUGAGGUGGAUGCUAUUGCUACUAAGCGUUUCGAUGCACAGACAGGAGCCGAUCGCGAGGUGCAACGCAUCUUGCUGGAGCUACUUAACCAAAUGGACGGGUUCGAUCAGGCUACGAACGUCAAGGUUAUCAUGGCAACGAAUCGAGCCGACACACUAGACCCAGCUCUGUUGCGUCCUGGCCGGUUGGAUCGCAAAAUUGAAUUUCCGCUGCCUGAUCGUCGGCAAAAGCGUUUGAUCUACCAGGCGUGUACAGCUAAGAUGAAUCUCGGGGACGAAGUGGACUUAGAGGACUACGUGAAUCGUCCCGAGAAGAUUAGCUCGGCCGACAUUGCAUCCAUCUGCCAGGAGGCAGGUUUACAGGCUGUGCGCAAGAACCGAUACGUUGUAUUGCCAAAAGACUUCGAUAAGGGUUACAAAAGUGCCAUCAAGCGAGCAGACACGACAUUUGAAUUCUAUCACUAA